AUGACUUCAGCUCCGUACUUAGCUUUGAAGGUCAUGAAUCAACUCGCCAUAGAUGAAGGCGCUUCAUUUCCAUUAGCCACAUCCGUUAUCGAUCGUCAAAUGUACGUCGACGACUUUAUCUUCGGCGCCGACGACAAGGUUCUCGCUCGUCAAACUCGCGAGCAGAUUGUUUCUCUUCUCAAAAGAGGUGGAUUCACGCUACGAAAAUGGGCAAGCAACGUGUCCGAACUCCUUGACGAGAUCGAAGAUACCGACCACGGUCUCGCUCAAAGCCGAGAUCUAAACGAAGAUGAGAGCUUGAAAAUUCUCGGUCUUACUUGGCAACCAGAUCGCGACAUCUUCAAAUUUACCAUUACGAUUACAGGGCCUCCUGGCAACACCAAAAGAAGAAUUUUAUCCGACAUCGCCAAAUUCUUUGAUCCACUUGGAUGGGCAACUCCAGUGAUUAUUCGCGCCAAAAUUUUGAUGCAACGACUUUGGAUCGCUAAAUGUGAUUGGGACGAAGUCGCUCCGCCGAAUCUGCUUGAAGCCUGGCAGCAGUAUCAUACUCAUCUUAAACAGCUAGAAGAGGUGAUGAUUCCACGUUGGAUUCAACUCGGCCAUCACGUACUGCAUCUAGAGUUGCAUGGAUUCUCGGAUGCAUCUACCAAAGCAUACGCUGCAGCGGUGUACAUUCGCGUUGUCACGGUGGAUGGAAUGGUCUCGGUCAAUCUUCUUGCCGCAAAAUCAAAAGUCGCUCCUGUCAAAGUAAUGAGUGUUCCGCGACUCGAGUUAUCUGCAGCUCAAUUACUCGCACGGCUCAUUCAUUUCAUUCGCGAAGCUCUCGACUUUCGUGAGGUAAAUGUUUAUUGUUGGACCGAUUCCACAAUUACUCUUGCCUGGCUGAGCCGACCUUCUACUACAUGGAAGACAUUUAUAGCGAAUAGAGUAGCCGAUAUUCACACGCUACUUCCGGACAUUCCAUGGCGUCAUGUCCCAACAAAGGAAAAUCCUGCCGACUGCGCAUCGCGCGGGAUCUCUCCCGACGACCUUGCCACAAACCUUCAAUGGUGGUCAGGUCCCGAUUGGCUUAUUAAAUCUUCCGAUUAUUGGCCAAAAUCUGACUCGGAUUUCGAUCCCCACGCGCUAAGCGAGCAACGCGCGCAACCACAAUCGCUCACUACAUCCGUUAUCGCAUCGUGGGACCUAUCACAACGUUAUUCGUCAUGGCACAAACUCCUUCGAAUAACUGCAUACAUCUAUCGAUUCGUAACGAAUUCCCGCUCUCGACAUAUCAAUCUCAAUCUGAAGAUACAAAACCCUAGAGCUCCGAUCUACCUAAAUCCGAUUGAAAUUAAGUCCGCUGAAAUCUUUUGGAUUCGUUACAUUCAAUCAGAAUUGUUUCAUAGCGAAAUAUCAGCACUCAGUACGGCAACUCCAAUCAAGAAAUCUAGCACACUGCUUUCAUUAAAUCCUUAUCUCGAUAAUGAUCAAAUAAUUCGAGUCGGUGGCAGGCUAAGGAACGCCACCUUACAAAGCGCCGUUCGCAAUCCGAUUGUCCUAAAGGACCAUACCUUGGUCAGGAUGAUCAUCAUGGACACCCACCGACGAAUGCUGCACGCUGGAUCUCAAUUAACAUUAGCUCGGAUUCGAGAGAAAUUUUGGAUUCUGCGAGCACGAUCUCUGGUCCGCGCUGUACUCUACAAAUGUGUAUCAUGUACACGAGAAAGGGCUCAGAUUCCUACCGAGCUCAUGGGCGAUCUUCCGAAUGUAAGAGUAAAUCGCUCAGCUCGAGCAUUCGAACAUGCCGGUGUCGAUUAUGCCGGUCCAAUUCUUAUACGAACCUCUCGUGGACGAGGUCAUAAAGCGCAUAAAGCCUAUAUUGCCGUGUUCGUUUGUAUGACGACAAAGGCGAUCCAUCUCGAGCUCGUUAGCGACUACUCGUCAGACGCUUUUCUCGCCACAUUAAAUCGUUUCGUUUCUCGUCGCGGAUAUCCUGCAUCGAUUUAUUCGGAUAAUGGAACCACAUUCCAAGGUGCCGAUCGCGAACUUAAACUCGCAAUCGCGCAGGCUUUAAAAAAUUCGGAUUUGCAAAAUACGCUUUCGACCGACGGAAUAAACUGGCAUUUCGUGCCUCCUUCCGCUCCCCACUUCGGUGGAUUAUGGGAAGCUGCCGUACGCAGCGUCAAAUACCAUUUAAAGCGCUGUAUCGGUUCACAUACGCUCACAUUUGAAGAAUUAAAUACCGUUCUUUGUCGUAUCGAAGCGUGUCUUAACUCGAGACCUAUUGGGUCUGUGUCCGAAAAUCUCGAUGAUUAUCAUGUAUUAACACCGGGACACUUCCUCAUCGGAGGACCCAUCUUAGCUGCGCCACAGCCAAGCGUUCUCGAUCUUAACGAAACUCGUCUUUCCCGCUGGCAAUUGUUGCAACAUAUUACAGAAAAAUUUUGGAAAUCAUGGUCAAACGACUACUUAUUAACGUUGCAGCAGCGGCCAAAAUGGAAAAUUGCGCAACGACUUGCGACUGUAGGCCGAAUCGUUCUCUUGCGGAACGCACUUGCUCCUCCGUCUCACUGGGAGCUCGGACGUAUCAUCGAAUGUCAUCCCGGCAACGACGGACUCGUUCGCGUCGUUACCGUGCGCACCGCGCGUUCACAGUAUAAGCGUCCAAUUGUAAAAUUAUGUUUUCUUCCGAUCGAUAUCAAUACUUCAAGCGAUCAAAGUUUCGCCAUGGCGGGCGGCACCGAUUCCGAUUAG